AUGAUAGAGACUAUUCAUAACUCAGGUCUAAGACUUGCCACAGGUGCAUUCCGUUCCAGCCCUAUCUCAAGCAUUCUCAAUAUUGCAAACACACUUCCUCUUGACCUAAGGAGAAUGCAAAACUCCACACUUCAAAAGGCUAAAAGAAUACAUAAUAACACUACCUCUAACUUAGAAAAUACAAUAAAGCUCAACAACUUCAAGUUCAAUUGUUCAGGAGUACUUAAACACGAGCAUGCUAUCACUCCUCCUUGGGUGAUGGAACUUCACUCUAAUACUGAUCUCUCUCAACACAUCAAAAGUGAGACUAUGGACUAUACUUUUAGAAAUCUGACACUUUCAUUACUUGAAGACUAUCAGAAUUACAUCAAGUUUUACACCGACGGUUCCAAAACUGAAGCAGGAGUUGGGGCAUCGGUAUACUUCAACAAUACACCAAAAAUGAUCAAAUUUCCUGACUUCUGUUCAAUCUACACAGCAGAAGCUUAUGCGAUUUAUCACGCACUUGAAACAAUUCAACAACUCAAAAUUGAUAAAGCGCUCAUAUUAAGUGACUAUCAAAGUACUAUCAACAGCAUAAGCAACAUAAACCAACCCAAUGCCAUAUCCAGAAUGAUUCAAAAUCAAAUUUCCCUCCUAAAUCACAACAAUCAAAACGUGUUACUGGUAUGGAUUCCUAGCCAUAUCGGAAUCCCUGGCAACGAAACAGCAGAUACCUACGCUAAAAGAGCCAUAACCUCCCCCGAAGCCUCCUUAGUGCAAAUCUGCUCCCUGGGCGAUAUCAAGGGAGUAUUACAGUCCCUGACGCUGCAACAGUGGCAGCAUCGUUGGACAUCAUCACUCUCGAAAUUAAAUGUUAUCAAACCUUCCAUCAACCCUUGGCCAACACUCACCACCAAGAGACGUCAUGAAGUCAUAGUCAACCGACUUAGAAUCGGCCAUACGUGGCUUACACAUAACUUCCUCAUGAGACAUGAAGAUCCAACCCAAUGCACAACCUGCGGGGAAAUCAUCACCGUCGAACACGUUCUUCUUCACUGCCGGAAAUACGCGGAUACCAAAACCUCUCUAAAUAUCCCGGACCACCUCUACGAAAUACUCGGACCCGACCUCAAAAACUUCAAUAACACCCUAAUGUUUUUACAGCAAACAAAACUGUACAACCUUAUUUAA